AUUAAUUUAAAAUUGUUAAAGUUUCGAUGAUUUAUAAAACAAUAUUCCGUAAUGAGAAUUCAUUAACUCUUAGCUUUUGAAUUCUUAAAAGAAUAUAAACAACGAAGAAAAGUAAGAAUCAUUUAAAUUAAAUAUGAAUGGAUUACCUUUUUGAUUUAAAUUAGAAUAAAAUUGUCUUGAUGGAAAAUGAUUAUUUAAGAGAAGUUAAAUCAGUUAGUAUAUGUUUACAAAGAAAAUAAAGAAAAAUUGGAAAAUGUGUUUUGAAGAUAAGUAAAAGGGAAAAAAAAGUGUCGUUAUCUCAUUGUCAUUGGAAAUACAAUAAAAGUAAUGGAAAAUUUUGGUUAUUUGCAUCAAGAGAGUGGGUUCAAAUAUAAUUCGAUUUUUAGCAUUAAAAUAACAACUAGCAAAAAAUGAAAUAGAUUCAAGUGAAAUAGUUUAGAAAAAAAGAAUUUUCUAGAGCGAUUGAAUUGAAUUUUAAUAAAAAAAGGUUUUUUGUAUUAUUUUAAUUAUAAUGUAGUCUUUUUAUAUAUGGAAAUCAAAGAAGAAUUAGGGUUAAGAUAAUAUUUAUAGUAGAAAAAUAAGAUAAUGAUAUUUUAAGUAAUAUAUUAUGAGUAAUGGAAGAGUAAUGAUUAACCCAAUUUUGAUUAGAAAUAGUAUUGUGUAUCUUAAAAUUUAUUGGAUUCAAUUUGAAUAAGAUAAGAAGGAAGCUAGGAUAGAUGAGA